UUAGUUUCACAAAAAUUCUUACAUCCACAUGAUUUGUAUGCACACUUUCUGGGAGAAGAACAAGUGAACCCUGUGGCCUCUGCUAUUGUGAAUUUGCAAAAAAUUGGUACAAGACCGUUUAAGAUGUCCGGUGAAGAUGCUCCACUUCUUUGUGGUUCACAAUCUUGCAGCAGCUACUCCUCUGCCACUGGCUCUCUCAAAGUAAUACUUUACUCAUCCACCUUGCCAUCAACUUCUGACUCAUCUAACUCACAGCUCAUAUUUCCUGGUGGGCAGUACUCUGCGGAAGAUCUGUGCAUAGCAGCUGCCAAAUCAUGUGGAGUCUUUCCAAUCUACCAGUCAUUAUUUGCUCUGGCAUCUCCAGAUCUGAAGACAUGGUAUAAUCCAAACUACAUAUUCACUGUGGAUGGUGGAGUUGCUUACACUGUGGUCUAUCGAAUCAGGUUCUUCUUUCCUGAGUGGAUUGGUACAGGUGGAGCAAAAACCUCCCGCUGCAGCAUCAUGAAUCUGUCUCCUGACCCUAUUCUCAGCUAUCAAGUAAUAGACUAUCUUUUCGCACAAGGUCGCAAUGACUUUAUAAGUGGUCGCAUGCAAGUGCCAGAAGAUUUAGAUGUUCAAGAACAGUGUCUAGCUUUAGCCGUUCUAGACAUGAUGAGACUGGCGCAGGAAAAUAACAAAACCUCAAAGCAGAUUCUCAGUAGUAUUAGCUAUAAGCACUGUGUCCCACAAAGUCUGCGACAAAGUAUUGUAAAGUUGAACUUCUUUUCCCGUAAAAGACUGCGCAGGAGGGUUCAGAACUCUUUGAGGAAGAUUCGUGCUAGUAUGCUUACUGUUCCCCUCAUCAAAAUCAAGUAUCUCAUGGAUUUAGAGAAACUGGACCAAGACUUUCAGACUGAGACAUUUGCAGUUAAAAGCACACAGAAAGACAGUAAAGACCUGCUCCUCAGGGUAUCCGGGAGUGCAGGCAUUAUCUAUAAAGAGAUUGGGAGCGAGUUGUGGCAACCAUUUUGUGACUUUGCAGACCUUGUGGACAUUAGAAUAACACAAGCCAACUCACAAGUAAUGCCAGAAGGCCGCAUUGUGACAAUCACUAAGCAAAAUAACAAAGUUCUGGAGGCACAGUUUUCAGUCUUGAAGGAAGCCUUGUCUUUUGUAUCGCUUGUCGAUGGAUAUUAUCGAUUGACUACAGAUUCUAACCAUUAUUUUUGUGAGGAAGUGGUCCCACCAAGGCUGAGGUGGAAUUUGGAGAAUCAGUGUCAUGGACCCAUCACCUCAGAGUUUGCAAUCUGUAAACUGAAGACAAAUAACAGUGUGGGAGGCAGUUAUGUUCUUCGUUGCUCCCCCCAAGAUUAUGACAAGUUCUUGCUGACUGUGUGUUUGGAGACUCCUUUGGGUAAAGACUACCAGGGAUGUUGCAUUCAGUGCAAGAAUGACACCUUCUCUUUGGCUGGUGUCCCGCGUCAUUUCUCCAGUUUGCGGAGUUUGCUGGAAUAUUACCAACAACACAGUCUACGUCUGGGGAAUGUGUCCACGUGUCUCACAGUUUGCUGUCCUCCUAGACCCAAAGAGAAGUCCAACCUACUUAUACUGCGAGACAGCUGCCCACAAAGGACCAUGUCACCCGCAAAACAAAGAAGGAAUAUUCCACCACUGACCUUUCACAAAAUCCACCUUAAAGACAUUACCUUUCUGGAGAGCCAAGGAAAAGGUUCCUUUACUAAAAUAUUUCAUGGGAUACGCAGGGAUUCAGAUGGAGAGGAAGAACGUGAAGUAGAUGUAUUGCUCAAAGUGCUUGAUGCAUCCCACCAACAUUACCAAGAGUCUUUCUUAGAAGCCGCCAGUAUAAUGAACCAGCUCUCUCACAAACACCAAGUCCUACUGCAUGGAGUCUGUGUGGGGAAACAAAUUGUGAUGGUCCAGGAGUUUAUAGUUCUGGGAGCCUUAGAUCUCUACUUAAAAAGACAGCAACAGAAGGGUCCUAUUCCUGUCAGCUGGAAGCUGGAAGUGGUCAAGCAGCUUGCCUACGCUCUCUGCUAUAUGGAGGAUAAGCAACUAGUUCAUGGGAACAUUUCUGCUAAAAAAAUACUUUUGACCCGUGAAGGUGACAAGGAUACCCCUCCUUUCAUUAAACUCAGUGACCGUGGUAUAAGCAUCAAAAUCCUUGAUCAAGGAAUGCUUCUAGAGAGAAUUCCAUGGCUGGCUCCAGAAUGUGUAUCUGAUCCCAAAACUCUAGCUCUAGAGUCUGAUUGUUGGAGCUUUGGGGUCACUCUAUGGGAGAUCUUUAAUGAUGGUACUGUACCCCUAAAUGCAGAAGAACCAGAGAAGAAAUUACAGUUUUACAAAGAACAGACACAACUUCCAGCUCCACACUGGAUAGAGUUGGCAAGCUUAGAGCAGCAGUGCAUGUCCUACAACCUCGCCUUAAGACCAUCAUUUCGUUCUGUCAUUCGAGAGCUAAACAACCUUAUUGCAUCUGAUUAUGAGCUGUUAGUGGAUUCCAAGGGGCAACAAUCAAAAGAGGGAUCCAGGGUUUGUGACCAUGCCUGGGAAUACCAGGACCCCAGCGUAUAUGAAGAAAGACAUCUUAAAUAUAUAUCAGUUCUUGGCAAGGGUAAUUUUGGCAGUGUUGAACUUUGCAGAUAUGAUCCUUUGGGUGACAACACCGGAGAGCUGGUGGCAGUAAAAAAGCUCCAGCAAAGCACAGCUGAGCAUGUUCGGGACUUCAACAGAGAGAGCCUGAUUCUGCGUGCCCUCCACAGCGACUACAUUGUCAAGUACAAAGGGAUCUGUUACAGUGCAGGUCGCCGAAGUUUCCAGCUGAUUAUGGAAUACCUUCCUAAUGGUAGUUUACAGGAAUAUCUUCCUAAGCACAGGGAUAUGCUGGAAUUCCACCACCUCCUACUUUAUGCAUCCCAGAUCUGCAAGGGCAUGCUUUACCUGGGAUUGCAGCGCUAUCUGCAUCGGGAUCUGGCCAGUAGGAAUAUUCUGGUGGAGAGUGUGAAUCACGUUAAGAUUGGAGACUUUGGCCUGACAAAAAUCCUGCCACAGGAUAAAGAAUACUACGUGGUUCGAGAAAGAGGACAAAGCCCCAUCUUUUGGCAUGCCCCUGAAUCCCUCGCAGAUAAUGUUUAUUCCCGAGAGUCUGACGUAUGGAGUUUUGGGGUCCUUCUGUAUGAACUCUUCACCUACUGUGAAAGAAGUUGCAGCCCAUCAGCAGAAUACCGCCGUAUGAUGGGGCCUCACAAUUCCCAGCAAACAGUGUGUGCUCUUGUAGAAAUGUUACGAGCUGGGAAAAGACUGCCUUCUCCACCAAACUGUCCUGCACAGGUAGAUAAGAUGAUGCUGUCAUGUUGGUCCUUCGUCCCUUCUGAGAGGCCUUCAUUUAGUGUUCUGGAACACAAAUGUGAGCAACUAAGGAAGAUGAUCCAGAGUGGGUCCUGCAGCUGAAUAAACAACAUAUUUUCAGAUCUGCACAACUUUAAUAACAUUUAUUAUAAUUUAAUACCUUAUAAACUGAAUUCUGCUUAAA